GUAGGGACACUACGAACUGCCCCCCCACGCCUCUGUCCGCCCCAGCCGGGCAGCCGGCUCACCGCAGCCCCCUGCCCGCCGCGUCCCCACCCUGUCGGCCGCACUCUGCUCGGAACCCAUUGUGUACCGCGCGGCUGCGGACUCUGAGGCCAGCCCGUGGCGGGGGCACCCGGGACCCCCGUGUGCCCCUCCGGUCGGUCCCGCGGGCCGUGGCCUCUCCUCCGCCCGCCCCCCUAGCGGCAGCGGCGAGGGCGCCCUUCCCUCCCAGCGCUGGCGGCGGGGCCGACUGGCGGGCAGCGGGGACGCACCCCGGGCCCCAGCGGCCAGCCCCCCCCGCACCCCUUCCUAGGGGAAGGAGAGCCGGAGCCCGAGCGAGCCGAGGCAGGAAAAGGCAGCCGCGGACUGCCCGGCCCGCCGAUCAUUUUUAUCAUCGAGAUUAUUAUUAAAAGGGGGCGGGAACCUCAGCAUGCAGGGGAGGGGGCUGGAGACGCAGCUAUUUUUAUUAAACAGAUUAUUCCUGAAAUAAUAAUAAUAUGCGCAAGAUGGCUGAAGGUGGCUGUGAUGAGAGUGUUGGGGUUGGGGUUUUUUUUCUUCCUCUUUUUUUUUUUUGAUCUGAGGAUAAAGCUCUGAGGCGAUAGCCGCUGCGGAGACCCUGCCCGAAGUGCCCUCCCCUCACUUGCGAAGCUGCGGGCGGACAAACGGACCCUCGGACCGAGCGACUGGCGCGGGCCCGCCCCGGACGCGUCGCCUGGGCAGCAGCCGGGGGCCGCGGGCGCUCGCCUUUCUGCCGACUUCUUCCAAUUCUAAUCUUUUUUUAAUUUUUGGAAAGGACCGGAGUGGGUGGAGCAGAGGUGGAGAGAAAUCGGGACUUGGCAUUUUCUCCCCUCUCUCUCUCCUAAUUUGCUGAAGGCCGCCAGCCCUCCCCUAGGGAAAAAUCCCACCAAAAAAAAAAAGAAAGGACGCUGCCGGACCCUCAAGCGAGUGCGCCCGGACCCCCGGCCGCCGCCGCCGCCAGGAGCCCAAGAUGGCUGGGCGCUGAGGGAGGCGGCUCGGCCCGGCCCCGCCGCCGCAGGCUGGCUCCGACCGCAGCCCCGAGCCUUCCAGGCCGGAGCAGAGGCCGAGAAGAAAAGAAAGUGGGGGGGGAGGGGGCCGGGGGGGGAAGGGGAGGGCCGGGGGGAGGGGAGGGCCGGGAGCCGAGCCUCCUGUUCAUUAGCAGUUGAGAAAAAUUCCUUUCUAGUUUGAUCAAUCCUUGUUUUCCUCGGGUGAGCCGAGGCGCCCGCCCAGCGCGGAGACGGAGAGCGGGGUCUCUCAGCGGCUGGGGCGCCGGGCGUCGGGGGAGCGCGGAAGUAGCAACGAGGGGGUCAGGCCGGAGCACCGCCGGGGCUUCUCCCUCCCUCCCUUGCUGGUUGCCUUUUUUUUCCACUUCUCUCCCUCCCCCUUCCGUUUCUAUUUGUGAAGGGAGGAGGAAGGCAGAGGCGGGCUGGUGUCUCUGGCCGGGGACUGGAAUUUCAUCUGAAUGACUGCCCCUGCGCGCACGCAGCGCCCCGGAGUCGGCCCGCCUGCGCCCCGCAGCCCGCGCCCGGCCAGUUAGCCGGGCGACGCCGGCGCCACGGCCCGGGGACCGCCGGCUCGCCUCUUCCGCCCCGUCCGGAUCUAGCAACUCUCGCCGCGGCCGCACUCGCUUCCCCGGGCCCUUGGACCUCGACCCCCGGCCCAAGCGAGGGAGGCGCGGCGCCGACGAUCCGGGAAGGAGCCGCCGUCGCCGCCGCCGUCGCUAGAGGAAGUGUGCGGCUCCUAGGCUCUGUCCGUCGUGGGGCGCGCCCCAAUGUCAGCCGCGGGGCCGAGCGCUGGCGGCGGGCCGCCGCUGCCCUAGCCGCGCCGACCGGGAGGCGGCCUCUUAUAUGGAAUUUGGACCCCGGCGCUCCCCUCCAGGGCUGGUGCCGCGGCCCUGGCGCAGUCCGCCGCCUCCCGCUAGGCGCUCGGGAGGAGGAGGAGACGCAGCCGGCUGCGCGCGCGGCGUGAGGACCGAGGCUCCCUCCUCUGGGGGGCGGGCACGCGGAGGGCGCUGCUGACUGAGCGACUGUCGGGGCCGACUGGGGCCGGAGCUCGGGGCUCGCUGGACCUACAGCUGCUCCGGACGGACCCCCAGUGCUGGGGAGUUGGGGAGGCCCGUCCGGGCCCCCUGCCCGCAGCCGCCAUGGCGGAGAAUUGGAAAAACUGUUUCGAGGAGGAGCUCAUCUGCCCCAUCUGCCUGCACGUCUUCGUGGAGCCGGUGCAGCUGCCCUGCAAACACAACUUCUGCCGGGGCUGCAUCGGCGAGGCGUGGGCCAAGGACAGCGGCCUGGUGCGUUGCCCGGAGUGCAACCAGGCCUACAACCAGAAGCCGGGCCUGGAGAAGAACCUGAAGCUCACCAACAUCGUGGAGAAGUUCAACGCCUUGCACGUGGAGAAGCCGCCGGCGGCGCUGCACUGCGUGUUCUGCCGCCGCGGCCCCCCGCUGCCCGCGCAGAAGGUCUGCCUGCGCUGCGAGGCGCCCUGCUGCCAGUCCCACGUGCAGACGCACCUGCAGCAGCCCUCCACCGCCCGCGGGCACCUCCUGGUGGAGGCGGACGACGUGCGGGCCUGGAGCUGCCCGCAGCACAACGCCUACCGCCUCUACCACUGCGAGGCCGAGCAGGUGGCCGUGUGCCAGUACUGCUGCUACUACAGCGGCGCGCAUCAGGGACACUCGGUGUGCGACGUGGAGAUUCGGAGGAAUGAGAUCCGGAAGAUGCUGAUGAAGCAGCAGGACCGGCUGGAGGAGCGAGAGCAGGACAUUGAGGACCAGCUGUACAAACUCGAGUCGGACAAGCGCCUGGUGGAGGAGAAAGUGAGCCAGCUGAAGGAGGAAGUUCGACUGCAGUAUGAGAAGCUGCACCAGCUGCUGGACGAGGACCUGCGACAGACGGUGGAGGUCCUGGACAAGGCCCAGGCCAAGUUCUGCAGCGAGAAUGCGGCGCAGGCGCUGCACCUCGGGGAGCGCAUGCAGGAGGCCAAGAAGCUGCUCGGCUCCCUGCAGCUGCUCUUCGACAAGACGGAGGAUGUCAGCUUCAUGAAGAACACCAAGUCUGUGAAAAUCCUGAUGGACAGGACCCAGACCUGCACGGGUAGCAGCCUUUCUCCCCCUAAGAUCGGCCACCUGAACUCCAAGCUCUUCCUGAACGAGGUGGCCAAGAAGGAGAAGCAGCUGCGGAAGAUGCUAGAAGGCCCCUUCAGCACGCCGGUGCCCUUCCUGCAGAGCGUCCCCCUGUACCCUUGUGGCGUGAGCAGCUCUGGGGCGGAAAAGCGCAAGCACUCAACGGCCUUCCCUGAGGCCAGUUUCCUAGAGACGUCAUCGGGCCCUGUGGGCGGCCAGUACGGGGCGGCGGGCACAGCCAGCGGCGAGGGCCAGUCUGGGCAGCCCCUGGGGCCCUGCAGCUCCACACAGCACUUGGUGGCCCUGCCGGGCGGCGCCCAACCAGUGCACUCAAGCCCUGUGUUCCCCCCGUCGCAGUAUCCCAAUGGCUCUGCCGCCCAGCAGCCCAUGCUCCCCCAGUAUGGCGGCCGCAAGAUUCUCGUCUGUUCUGUGGACAACUGCUACUGUUCUUCCGUGGCCAACCAUGGCGGCCACCAGCCCUAUCCCCGUUCCGGCCACUUCCCCUGGACAGUGCCCUCGCAGGAGUACUCACACCCGCUCCCGCCUACACCCUCCGUCCCCCAGUCCCUUCCCGGCCUGGCAGUCAGAGACUGGCUCGAUGCCUCCCAGCAGCCUGGCCACCAGGAUUUCUACAGGGUGUACGGGCAGCCGUCCACCAAGCACUACGUGACGAGCUAACGCCACGCGGGCGGUGGGGCGCUGGGGAACCUCCCCGCCAGCCCCCAGUGGCUCGGGGAUUAUGCAUCCAGAGACCUGCCCUUCUACCUUCCUCCCUGUUCUCCUUCCAUUUCCCCAGGUCUUUUCCUUUUGGAUUUUGUUUUGGUUUUGGCUUUGUUUUUGAUUUUUUUUUUUUUAUUAUGAAUCUCCUGGACACGGAGGUGACAGUGGGAGCUGGCCUAGGCUGGGGCCGCAGGUGGCCCUGGAGUUGGGAAAGUGUCUGUCUCGGGCGCUGAGCUCUCUCUCUCUGUCUCUCCUUUUUCUUCUACUCCUUCCCCUACGUCCCCAUGGCUGGAAGGAGCCUCAGCUUCCCGUAAAGCUCUGGGGGGCCCAGCCCUUCUCACCUCACCCAGGAGGAAGGCCUGUGCCCACCGGCCUGUUUCUCCUCUUUUCUUUUGGGCAGUUUGAUCACUGGUCAAAUAAGGAAUGACCUAUAGAUUGUGGGACUUUUGUUUUUGUUUUUUUAAUUUUUUUAAACCAAGAAUGAUUUCUCCUGCUUCCUUCUCCUCACCAUCUUCCCAGACGGAGUUCAAGGCCACUUCUCAAGCAGCUUUUGGCACCUUCAGCCUCAGAGUGGAAUCUUUUAAAGACAGGAACCCCAUGUCCAGGAAAGGGGAAAAGGAACUUUGCCAAUGAUAGUGACCACAGCAAAAGCAAAUAAUAAUAAUAUUAAUAAUAAUAAAGAGAAAUAAAAGAAAUAAUAAAGUAAAAAACAAUAGCACAGCCCUUGUUGAGGUCAGCAGGGAAGAGGGGCUGCCCUGAGUUGUGUCCUUGCCAGGAUUUUGACACAGCCCCUUCCUGUAGUGAGCACUUUGUAUGAAUCGUGGACUUCCUGUUAUCAAGGCGCAGGUAUUUAUUCUGUAAUCUGUCUAGAGCACACACUGAAAUCCAACCUAAUAAACAUGAUGGCUCAGUCCCGC